CAUAAUGUGAAACGUUAUGACCAUUCUGAUCCCCAAAAUGGAACACCAUUUCUACUUUUGCACUACCAAAUUCAAAAGGCUUUUUUGUUUCCUUACACGAUUUUUGGUUCACCAUUUAUUCUGGAAAAAUGUGCAAUCAAAAUCGACAUGGUUUACUCCAAACCGAUUGUUGCCCACAAGCUGCUCGACGUAAUUCCUCAACCGGUUUUACUAUGUCAUGCCCCUGUCACGUGCCUCGUACGUGACAAAAGCCAGAACCUCUGCUUUUAUUUUCUUUUCGCCUUUCUUCUCCCGCCUCUACUCUGUUUCUGAAGAACACUCAAGAUCCUUUACUAUGAAUCGUUUUCCUCCUCUGGCAGAUCCCAAGGCCGAAAGGCUCUUCAAACUCGCCAAAGAUCUCCACGCACAAGGCCAUCACAUCAAGGCCUUGGAGGUCGUCCAAGAGUUGUCUCUCUUCGCCAAAGGGAAUGACAAGAACCCUGUAGCUUACCUCCACGGUACUAUCUUCAGAGACCUAGCUGAAAAAACAGAGAACCUUGAUCUGAAAGUCACGUACUUGCUUGGCUCUGUUGAGAUCUUUACCGCUUGUAGGCCUUUUUUCUCAGGGGUUGCGGCGUUGUCACUCUUCAACUUGGCUCAGCUUCUUGAUUCCAAGCUCUAUUACAAGAAAGCCCUGGCUCAAGCCAACGAGAUCAUUGAUGCUGCUCAGAAACUAGAGUAUCUGAAGCAUUUUAUCGAGACUGCAGAGUCAAAGCUCGCUGAAUUCAAGAAUGGGACUCAUCUCGCUGAGGACUCUGAGAACUCAGAAGAUAUGGAGUCAGAGGGAAAUGAAGAUGAUGAUGAUGAUACCAAGACAGAAUCUGGUUUCGUUAGAGGAUUAAAGACGUACUGGUUAGGGUUGAGAGUUGACCAAAGAAGGGACUUUAUGAAAGUAAGCAUUGCGGGUUUUACAAGUUAUGUCCAGAGAUUAUAUGGCACAGAGGGACGUGAUGCUUUGGAGAAAGUAUUGGCUUCCGUUAGGAAAGACAAAAGAUGGAGGCUUUGGGUAUGUCGAUCUUGCUUACAAGAGUUCUCCAGUGCUGAAGAAUGUAAGGAUCAUCUUGAACAAGAACAUGGUGCAGGGUUUCAAUCUCGUGUAGCAAUGGCUCUAGCACAAAGGGUAAGUGAAGCCUGGGGUUGUAUGAUAACAUCUGAUGGAGUUUGGGAACCUUUGGAUACACUAGCCGCUGUCGAAAUGAUCAAGACUCGUUCUGAAGAUAUGAAACCGUUUGUAUAUGAGAAUGGAUGGUCCAAAGAUUUGCCUUUCGAUGCUUCGGAUGAAGAGCGCAGUAAGUUACUCCAGGAGAUUCGGUUUCUACUUGUGACGUUUUGUGACCGUAAGAUUCUCUCACGUAGCGUUAUAGACUUGAUGGUGUAUCGUGUGGUCAGCCAUCUUGAGAAACUUGGUGUUUCCAAACAAAGUCUUAUUGAGUGUGGCCUAGUGGAAACACCUCAGAGUAUCUGCUUUUUGGAAUGUCGUGAACUCAUUCAUAUCCUGGAGCUUCUCAAACGCAUAAAGUGUGAAAGGGAUGAUGCUACUGAGCUGGUUUGCAGAGCAGCGGACAGUUUUUACAAUGGUAAUCGAGUUAAAGAGAAGAUUGACUUUGACAUGAAGUUUUCAUCUCUGCUUUUGGAUAAGAGACUGCUGCAAGGCGAGAUUGCUCAGUUCGAUGAGGAAGGUGCAAUCAGAUUCCUAAAUGCCAAUGCUCACUACGCCAAGGCAAAUGCUGGUGGGGAUGAUUUCAUAUCCUGGUUAACGGAAAAGUCUUCAGGAGAUGAGAAAUUCAAGUUUCCGAGACCUAUCAGAGCACACAAUCUUGAUGUUUGGAUGGCAGUUCUGGGAGCCGUUCAGUUCACAUGUAGGACUUUGGGAACUCAAUACUACGCAAAGAAGUUAAGGAUGAGAGAUUUUAGUAAAGUUCUUCUUGACGCCAAGAACUUGUGUAAAGGCGAAGAUGAAAGGAGAAGGAAUACUCCGGAUGGUCAGAAGAAGACAUAUGCAUCUCUUCUAUGCAAUGAAUGUGAAAAGAAGCAUUUAAGGACAGACACAGAUAGUUCUAUCGUGACAAGACUAUACUGUACUGCAGUAGUAGAUAUUCUCAAAGGAGAAUUGCAUCCGAAAUUUGGUCUUCCAGAGUUAGAAGAUUGCCUGAAUGUUAUACGUGAUCAUAAAAAUGUCAGUGAUGAUGUGGUGUUGGAUUCCAUAGAGCGCCUGAAAUUAGUGAUGACCCAUAAGGUUCUUCUACUUGAUUCAAAGAUCUUUCUGAUUGAAAACUCAAGGCUCAAUUUGAUCAACGACCUCGUCAGACUUUCUGUUUUUGACUACCGCUCUUACAUCCUUCGUCCCCUGAAAGAGUUUUUGUUGGAAGGAAUUGUAGAUAUGGAACGCAAAGCCAAGUUAGCUGCAGCACAAGCAGAUCGCUUACUCGAGGAGGAAAUGAAAUCACCGUCAAAAAAGAAGAAAAAUAAGAGCAGCAAGGAAGAGUUAGCUGCAGCACAGGCGCUGAAACUUUUAUCCGAGAACAGACAAGACAAAGAGAAGAAUUCGGGGUCAAAGAAGAAGAGACGCAGAAACAAAAAGAGAACUUCAACAAGCAUGCCUGGACUUCUCGAUCAGAAUGUCGAACGUGUUACUUCUCCAUCACCUAAACCGGGGGAAGAAGAUUCUAUGGAACACGAUCAAGAGGAAGCUGCUAUUGAUAUGCAAAACAUGCGUGGAGAAGAGUCAACGUCGAAACAUUUGGAGCCAGCACAUGCAGAAGGUCAACCCAUAUAUAACUCAGCUCUUGCUAUGACGCUGAAGGCUCUUUGUUACACUGAGAUUCUUAAAGAGUAUUUGGUGCAAAACCGUAAUCAAUUUUAUGACCACCGGGAAGAACGAGUUCCUUUUGCAAUAGGAAAUUUCUUUACUGCGUUUGUCUCGAAGCAAAUGAAAGAGGGACUCAACAGUUACCUCUUAAGCGACUUACUUUCUUCCAUAGAAGAAGUUUAUUCCAUGACAAGUCAUGCCGCUGAGCUACUGGUAUCCAUCCUUGAGUUUUGGCCUUGCUGGGAAUGUCCUGAAAUAGAAAACGUGGUCACUCAUGUUUUUACACUGGAGGAAUAUGAAAGAAUGAGUUGUAGCAAAUGCAAAAAGAAGCCAAAUUAUCCAGAGCAAAGUUCUUAUGGACUCGUUAUUGCUGCAGAUUCGAUCAGAGACCUGAAGUGUGCUUUUGGGGAUAUAAAGUUUGAGGACAUCCUUAAAAUGAUUCGGAUGGAAGAUAAAAUGUUAUGUGACAUUAAAACAGGAGGAUGUGGAAAGGCAAACUUUGUUCAUCACAGUAUUAGUAGAUGCCCGCCUAUAUUCACAGUCGUGCUGGAGUGGGAGAAGCAUGAAACGGAAAAAGAGAUAUCUGAAACAACAAAGGCUUUGGACUGGGAGAUAGAUAUGAGCAGGCUAUACGAAGGCUUAGAACCAAACACUAAGUACCGGCUUGUGUCAAUGGUUGGUUGUGGUGGUGAAGAAGAAGAAUACCUAUGCCUAGCUUAUAAGAAGAACAGAUGGGUCAGUUUCGGUCAUGGAGCUUCUUCAGCAAAAGAGGUUGUUGGUACCUGGAAGAGUGUGGUCAGAUUCUGUGGAGAAAGGAAGGUUCGGCCAGAGAUUUUGUUUUAUAAAGCUUUGCAAUGGCCUAACAAGUGACAAAAUCAUAUCUCAGUAUAGAAACCGAUUCAUGUAUUAACUAACAGCUACGUAUUCCAAUUCAAAAGCAGUUUUGGUCC